AUGUCCUCCAACGUCAACACGCCCCUCCUCGAGCCGACCACCUCCCAGACCAUGGAGCAGCCCGCCCCGGCCGCCCUAGCAAGCGGCAGCAGCAGCGAUAGCCAUCCGCCGCCUCUGCCAAACAUGGACGACAUCCCGCCCCUGUCCCUCGAGGUCCUGACCGACCGCAACGACAAGGUCGACGCCCUGCGCCUCGUCGCCGACAGCGUCGCCCAGCAGCGCCAGCAGGCCUCGCGCGACCUCGUCACCCACCCGCUGUGCCUCGCCGCGCUCACGGCCGUCGCCGCCGCCGCCCACCAGCUCGUCUGGGUGGCCCGCGCGCACCGCGACGUCGGCGUCGGCCUCGCCCUGCUCAGCGGCCUGCUCAUGACCUACCUGCUCGCCAUCCGGUACGUCACGGCGCCCUACCUCAAGCGCGCCGAGGACAUGAAGUACGCGUGGCUCGUGUCGGACGACGCCCCCGGCGCGGAGGACGUCGUCAUCGGCACCCGCUACGGCGGCGAGAUCAUCGGCGCCUGCGUCCUCCGGCUCGAGCCCAACCUCGCCGGCCUGCCCGGCAGCGGAAGCGGCGGCAGCGGCACCAAGCGCCGGACCCGCGGCGGCGGCGGCGGCGGGUCGGCCAGCCUCAAGGGCGGCCGGGGCGUGAUCCGCGCCUGGACGACGCGCCUGCGGUACCGCGGCCGCGGCGUCGGCGCCGACAUGCUGCACGAGGCCGUGCGCGUGACGCGCGAGCGCUGCGGCCGCGACGCCGAGGUCGGGUUCGCGCGCGAGCACGCCAACAGCGAGAUGGUGCUGCCCGAGAUGUUCAACGGGUCCUUCCGGCGGCGCGAGCGCAGGGCCGCCCGGGCCCUCGAGAACGUGCUGGCCGAGAUGGAGGGCAGCAAGAAGAGGAAGUAA